AUGACUAUAAUCUUGUCAGCAGUUCCCUACAUGGUAUCAGGACACGUUAAGUCUAUAGUGGCAUGUUUGACGGAGGUUAGCCGAUUGAAAUGGGCUGAGUCGUGGCAAGCACAACUAGCUCAAAAUGCAAAGGAAGCCAGGACACGACAAAGCGAAUUUACCGAUGCAAUCUCCCACGAGGUCAGGAAUCCGCUUUCUGCUAUAUUACAACUCGCAGACGGCAUCGCCGAAUCCAUGACUCACAUACAAACACCAACAAUGGAGGACUACAAGGGAUGCGUGAAAGGAAACGUCGAAGCAGCAAAAGUGAUCCUUACUUGUGCGUGUCACCAGAAGAGAAUUGUUGAUGACGUACUCUCUCUUUCGAGAAUGGACUAUGCCUCGCUUUCUGUGUCACCAGUGGCAGUGAGCCCGGACAAGAUUGUCCAUGAAGCUCUACAACUUGUCAGGGCCGACGCGGCAGCAAAUGCCAUCUCUUUACACAUGGUACAAGAGCACUUCUCGGACGCACAUAUUGUCGACCAGGUAAUAUGUGAUUCCUUGCGCGUGGUUCAGAUACUAGUCAACCUGCUCUCGAAUGCCAUCAAGUUCACUAAAGAAGAACCUGCACGAACCGUGACUCUCAGGUACGGAGCCACGUCGUUGGACCCUCGUGCGGUGUUCAGCCCACAAAUCGUGUGGGCUCCGUCACAGGAAGCAACUCAUGAUCCGACACAACUUAAAGAGUGGGGUGAAGGCAAGCCUGUAUGGCUGGCUUUUACUGUGCAUGAUACCGGCCCCGGCAUGACUAGAGAACAACUCGGUCGUGUCUUCAAGCGUUUCGAGCAGGCGACUAUCAGGACGUCAGUUAAUUACAACGGUUCAGGACUUGGUCUGUUCAUCUCGCAGAACUUGACGAAACGACAAGGUGGUGAGAUUGGGGUUGAUUCGACUCCAGGGGUGGGCAGCACGUUUGCGUUCUAUAUCAAGGCACGUCAUGCUGAAGUUCACUCGGAGCAUCUUACACUUGAUGGCGAUGCCGCUUCAAUCGAUAUCAAGCCCGUGCACCCGAACAGUAAUGGAAGUGUCAAAAUGCCUGCUCGAGUAAAAGGCUCUAGCAAAUCUGCCUCUAAUAAGACUUAUAAUUUGCAUAUACUCCUUGUUGAGGACAACAUUGUCAACCAGCAAGUACUACGCAAGCAACCUCAGAAAGCUGGAUGUACAGUCUAUGUGGCCAACCACGGUAUAGAGGCUCUAGGUUUCCUCCGCAAAACGUCCUUGUGGACUGAAAAUAACGGCUCGGGUUUCCAUCUGGACGUUAUACUUAUGGACUGGGAAAUGCCCGUCAUGGACGGACUGACGUGUACCAGAGAGAUAAGGACUCUGGAGAACGCUGGUCGAUUUGCAACUUAUCCAGAAGUCCUUGCGGUUACUGCCAAUGUCCGGUCAGAACAAGUUGAGAUAGCCUAUGCAGCCGGCAUGGAUGCGGUGGUUCCGAAGCCGUUUGUGGUGUCAGAAUUGCUCCAGAAGAUCUCGGAACGCAUGGCAGACAAACAAAACAGCUAG